AUGGUAAGUAUUGAUUUUACAGACCUCUUCUGACCUGAAUUUGUCAAAUUAUAUUAUGCUUGACAUUACAAUCCAUCCAAGUUAACCUAAAUUAUUUUCAGCUAGUCUUAGUCAUAGGCGACUUUCAUAUUCCCCACAGAGUAGCACAACUGCCUGCUAAAUUCAGAAAACUACUCGUUCCGAACAAAAUGCAACAUGUUUUGGCGACUGGAAACUUAUGUACCCGAGCUACGAUGGAUUAUCUGAAAUCCUUGGCAAGUGACGUUCAUGUGGUUCGUGGAGACUUUGACGAUUGCUUAACCUUCCCGAAUGACAAGAUUAUUACCCUGGGACAGUUCAGGAUUGGGUUGAUUCACGGACAUCAGAUUAUUCCAUGGGGAGACGCUGGAGUAAGUUUUGUUUUUAUUUUUUGUUGGAAUUUUAGGUAUGAAGACGGAGGAGAAAAAAAAUGAGGCACGGAAGUUAAUAUUUUUAUAAUAACGGGCGCUAGAGUGAAAGAAACGGGUUGUUUUAUAUUGUUUUAGGGUAAGAAUUUAGUCUAUGAAGUUUUGAUCGGAAAUUCAAUAAAAUUGGGAGGGAAAUUUGACAAAAGGCUGUUUGGUAGCUGCUGUAGUUGAUAUUCUAGCUGUAGUAAACGCAAAAUUCUAGCUAAAUUCUAGAACAAGCUUAUUUUUUGCGAUUUUUAUAUUAUCCAUGGCUCUGGCAGAAAAAAUAUUGUUUCUUCGGAAGUUUUGAUGCGAUAAAUUUCGAAAUGCUUUUAAAAUACGAUCUAGGAGGUCAUAUUGAUACUUGAAAUAAAACUCAUCAAGUUGAGGCAGUAUUUGAGCUUACUUGUCCCUUUUUUUAGGCAACAGAACUCUUGGCCCGUCAAAUGAAUGUCGACAUCCUCAUUACCGGCCAUUCUCAUGCCUGUGAGAUCAAGGAGAAGGAUGGUGUCUUCUAUGUGAACCCAGGAUCCGCAACAGGAGCAUACACACCAAUGGCUGAAGAGUAAAUUUAAUUUUUUAUAUUAAUACCUAAAGCAACAUAAAUUAUUUUCAUUUUCUCAAUUUCAGAGAAGUUGUCCCCUCAUUCGUACUUCUGGACAUCCAACCCAACCUUGUUGUCGCAUAUUUGUAUCGUUUAGUCAAGGAUGAAGUGAAAGUUCAGCGGAUCCAGUUCAAAAAGCCUUCGUAA